UGUAGGAAAGAGGUGUGGCAGAAAUGGUGAACCCGAUUGGUGGUGUUACCCCGAAGAGCCCGGGUAGCACCAGGCGGGGUUUGGAGUAUACACCUAAGAUGAAUCCCAUGACUGAACAGCGUAACAUACAAUCUGGACAGUACAACUUACAAUCUCGCCAGCAAAUAAUUGAAGUAGGUCAAUUCAAUCCCAAAACAGGACAACGUAACAUCGAAGUAGAGCAGCACAACAUUCAAGUAGCACAGCACAACAUUCAAGUAGCACAGCACAACAUUCAAGCAGGGCAGCACAACAUUCAAGCAAUGCAGCACAAUCAACAGGCAUCAUAUGCACAAUCAAGUAAUGCAGGGGCACCAUCAAGAGCAAUGUCAUUGUUGUCAAGGGUUAGUCACUCUGUCCAUAUUAGCAGGGCUAUAUAUCACCCACAGUCUCCAAUAGCCAAAGCCAUGUCACUUACCAGCUACAACUUUCUAAUUACUGGUAGAAUAGAUUUACAAAUGAGCACCAGUGUUUUUAAGUUGAUCAGUCUUGUUGUUCUUGCAGGAAUGAGCAUUUUGUUUUAUGUUUGGAAUUAG